GCGCCGCGCAUAACGGGCUGACGUGUAACUGCGAGAGGACGUCUCGCACUCGCGUGUGUUGUGUAUUGUUGCGUGUGCAGUGUUCGAAUUUCAAAUUUCAAAUCGUUCUACCACAGACUACAGAUCGAAGUGCAGAUAUUGUGGAAUCAUUAUCAUUAAAAAACCUGGAAGCGAGGCCUUUGUGAUCCGACCGUAUAUUUUAAAAAGAUGAUCAGGUCGGGGUAGCAUGGGGCAGGCGGGCAGCCAGCCGGCGGAGGGCCGGCCGCGCCGCGUCCACACGCUGCCGAGCGAGCCGCUCCGACAUGCGCCUAAGGUGCUGCCAUCGCUAACCGAGUCACCGCGCCUGCGCAGCACGGACAACGGCGCGAUCCUGCACUCGGGCGGCACCAUCAGCGGCCGCCGACCUGCCUCCAUGACCGUGGACCGGACGCCGCAUGGACAUGUGCAUUCCAACAUAUACCGUUCGCGGUCAGCCGGGGGGGCGGAGUGUGAGUUCCGGUCUGAGAGGGAGAUGCUGCAUCGAUCUCACACUAACCUGGAUAUACGGAGGAGUGACUCCAGCCUAAACAAGCGGUUUGGCUCGGAGCCGGACCUCAGAGAGGAGGAGCAGAGGCCGAGGUGUAACAAUAAACACUUCCGCAAGAAGUACCGAGCGCCUCCACCACCUGCCAACGAUCAUUGCGAAGAAUCUUCGCCAGAUUGCGUGGAUGGUAACUCAAAACGUGAACCUCAGAAGAAAUUAAGACUAUUCCGUACAAGGAACGAGACUAAAAAACUGAAUCCCUUAAAACUAGAAACGAAACCCGCCUACAGAAGUACGUACACCGACUUCAAGUCACUUGACUUUACUGACACGUCUUUCGAGAGACGAUACAGAUCACCGUGUAAAGACAAGGACCACCUGAAAUACCCAGACAAUGUUGACAUGCUACAGACGACCACUUCUUUGAAGAGAGAAGAAAGACUGUUGCAAGGAAGACAAGAUUACAGGAACAAAAUAGAUCGAGUGAGUGGAUGCCGGGCUAAAACAUCAAAAACAAACGAAAACAGCGAAGCGUGGAAAACGCCACUUUUGAAUAGGAACUUCAGACAUUCCGAAAGAUUUAGCAAAACUGAAUUUCAAUUACCUUCUCUGAGAAGAGAAAAAACAUUUGAUAAUACGCUCGCAAUAAGAGAAAGUGAAUCUCCGAGAACUACGCAUGAAAGUAGACUGAAAGCUGCUGGAGACCACAUUACAGCAAACAAGCUGGAUAGCAAGUCGCCUUUGAGAAAAUCUCUUCCUUCAUUAUUGCACAGAAAUAAUGAAGAAAAAGAUGAAUUUCAAAUGGAACUCAAAAAGGCAACGAGUAGAAUAAGAAACGAGUUAGUUAGUAAAAGUAAUGUUAGUAACAAAACUAGUCAGAAUGAUAAAACGAAAGUGAACCCAACGAAAACACAAGUCAAAGAGUCUAGUCUUAACUCGAAAGAUUGGAAACCAAGUAAUGUUAGACGACCAUUGAGUCGGAUCAAUGAGAUUAAAGCUAAACCCGUUGAUGAUAAAAUGAAAUGUACUGAUGCGAAGAAAUUAAAAACAGAUAGUAAAGAAAACGUUAAAACUUUGCCUGACAGAGGACAAGCUUCCGGAAAGGAAUCUACUCCUGAACACUCACCGACGAGGAAAAAAGAGCCUCUUGGUAAACCACAAGAAAAACAAAAAGCACCAUCCAAGCAAUUCUACUUCGGCAUGAUAGAAAGCAAGCAAACAGAAACCCAGGAUCACCUAAAAGACUUUCCUGGUCUCGGCAGUCCGAUCAUCGAGGAGUUCAGCAAUUUCCACCUCAUCGAGAAGAAGUUACUGGGCUACCACGAGGAAGACGAGCUGGAUAAGUUCAACGAGAGAUUACAACAGACCUGUAAAAGAAACCUAUCCUCCGAGUCAGCGCUGUCCUCGUCGUCGGGCUCGUGCUCGGAGGGCUCGCUGGGCAUCGCGCUGCGGCUGCGGCCCACGCUGCCCAAGAAGCCGCCCGACGCGCCGCGCUUCUCGCCCGCCGCCGCCUGGCGACAGCUCGCCAGCUUGGACGCUCAUCUUGCUGAAACUCGACCACUAGCUGUUGAAGUGAAGAUGUCUGCAGAUAUAUCUGGCGACUCAUCACCCCGGUCCGAACAAUCCGCGGAUAAAUCCGGGGAUUCAGGAAUAUCUGGUGACCACGCACACAGUGAUCAUCGGAUAGAUUCGCCAUCUAGACAUCAUGUGGCACCAGAAGCCACAUGGACGCCGCAACAGGACCUGGGCGACAGCGGGUCGGAGGGCGGGGCGCCGCCAAGACUCGAAAAAGGCAAGCCAAUGCAGCAGGGCUUCAACAGCCUGCAGAAGUUUAGGAAAUCUGUCUCCGGGGCGUUGGGAGCAGCCCUUGGUUCUAGAAAGUUCGACUUGGAACAUGAGCCAAUGUUAAAUGAGCCAGAACAAAACUGGUUUUUGACGAAAAGCGCGCCAAAUUCGCUGAGUAAUCCGAUGUUGUUUCAACCACUGAGGGUUAAGAAUGAAGAGAUUAAGGAGGAGUCGGAGAUGUUAGAAAAGGAGGAGAGCGGUGCGUGGCGCGGGUCGGCGCGGUGCUGGGGCGCGCACGUGAUGUACCUGCCGCCCGCGCCCGACCAGCCGCGCUCGCUGCCCGCGCCGCGAGACCGACCCCUCAGGAGCAAAUCCAGCGGUUGCCUGGAGACAGCCGCGCGGGCCGCCCGGUCCGCGCGCGCGGCGCUGGCGGGCGAGAUGCGCGAGCGGGAGCGCUCCGCCUCGCCGGAGCUCGCGCGCGCCGUGCCAGCGAGGGUCGAGCCCGUCACUCGCACGAACCCGCAACCCCGCAGCAAGAGGUUCACAUUCCAGUCCACAGUCAGACAGCUGGAGAGGCGGCGACUCGCUGAGAAGCUGUCCAAGGAGGCCGACCUGAAGGAGCAGCAGAGGAAAACCGAGCUGGAAGCUAUGAGGAGGGUAGAAGAAGAGUUCCAACGCAAGCGAGCGAGGGAAAAGGCGAAUAUAAGACAGCAACUGCGGCUUGUCAGCAGUGGUGCUAACAGCAUGCCAACCUCAAACCAUCAAAAGUCUCGCGAUGAUCCCGACGGUUCCUGUCGCGAGUCUCCAGAGAGGAGCAGAGAUCGGAACAGGACGAGCAAUGGCUCUGAUAUCAGUGGUCGGAGUAAGAGUUCUACACCGGUCCUCAGCGUGGAGCUCUCGGAGUGGCGCACAAACGGCAGCCCGGCGCGGCGCGUGUACCGCGACUGGAGCGCGGCGCCGCUCGCGCAGCCGCACGCGCACGCGCACCCGCCCGCCUGCGCGCGCAUGCCGCUCACGCACCACCCGCACGCGCACGGUGUAGAAGGCUCGUUCAGCGGCAGCCCGCGCUCCGACAACUACCGCCUGGAGUUCGCGCUGGGCGGGCGCUCCCCGCACUCCCCGCACUCCCCGCACUCCCCCCGCUCCCCCCACUCCCCCCACUCGCCCCGCACCCCGCGCCCGCCCCGCCUACUCGCUACGAGAUCACCUUCGUCUUCGGGAUCGGAGAUAUCGUUGAGACAGCCUAUUAAGAUCAGUGAAACGACAAAGGAAGACGUUGAAGAACCAAUAAUUGUACCAACAUUGCGACCCACCAGACCAGCGCGGGCUAGUGUCGCUAUACGAUAAAGAAUAUUCGAGUGUGUUCUAGAACAUCUACGUACUGAAAAAUGUUUAAUAAAAGAUCAAAAUAAUAUCACUUAAAAAUAAAUAGUCAAGAAUAUUUUUUUUUCUUACUGGCCAGUACGCGUAGUAAGUAUUUUUGAGAAGUUUACAGGCUGUGUUGUCACAUGCACGUUUUUCGAUUCAAUAAGUUUCCGAAAAAACAACUUUACAAAUAUUAAAGGGUCCUUUAUUCUAAAUAAAAAGCUAACGAAAAUACCUACUAAUAACUAUGUUUGACGUUUCUAAUUUUGAUAGUUUGCUGUGCAGUUUGCGAAUUUUGGAGGGAAACUUUUUGUUGAAAAAAUUAAAAUAUCAAACGGCAACGAACGAUCUUAUUUCCCUUUUACAGUGAAGUUUUAUCUGUUUUUCAAGUUUCGUAUUGGUCAGUUAGUAUUUAUCUUUUACAACUUCUAAUACCAUUUUAUAUGAGAUAUAUAACCGCCAAAACUGGGUGCUAUUUUAAUAUCUGUUAGCGCGCAAUAGAACUAUUUAGUCUGUGUUCAAAUUAACGUUUUGUAAUUAUUUUCUUCUGUCUCUCAUUAUUAAUGAAAUAAGUUAGUUAUAACUUAAAUAUUUCGAGAGAUUAUAAUAUUAAGUACUUACUUACUUAAUCAUAAGUUAUUCUUAAAUUAAGAUGAUGUAUAAUUUUGAAGAUAGUUAAGUUUUCAUUACUGUAAUUGAUUCAUUUCAAUGCAAUCGCCGUCAAUUGAAGCAAAAAUACUGAAGCUUUAAACUAAUUAAUAAAUAACUAAUUCUUAAUUUACGGUGCUAAGUAAAUUAUUCGCUGUAAUCUUUUCUAUUAAAAAUUAGGUUGUAUAUUUUUAAAUAACUUAGAUACCAUUAUUUUUAAAUAUUAUACCCUAUUUCCAUUUAUACGAAUAAAGUAAAGAUACGUAACUUCAUUGGUGCUGAAAAGUGUUGCCAGUUUAAAAAAUAUUUCAACCAAUGUUUUCCUUAUGUGCCUUAUUUAUUACUUUAGCUUCACUGUUUAAAGCGCUACAAAUAAAAAUGCCUUCCAUUUGUGUAUAUUUACUCUGUUGCAGCGAUCCAAUUACAUUGCGACUGGCAACACCAUUAAAAGGUUCGUAACCCAUAAAUAGUAUUUCAUGUGGUAAUGUCCACGAAACCAGGUUAAUUGUAACCGGAACAAAUGUUAUUUUUAUUGAUUGUAAUGUAGCAAAAUGUUUUCUUUUCGUUUUUUGGCUAUUACAACUUUUCGUUUACUUAAGAUUUUUAUACUCCGUCCAAUCAUCUUUGUAACAUAAACUGUCUGUUUGAUGGGAGUUGAUAAAAAGAGCUUUCAAAUCUAUACUAUAAAAAUUAAUCACAAAAUGUGUUGGUAAGCGCAUAACUCGAGAACGGCUGAACCGAUUUCGAUAAUUCUUUUUUUAUUAUAUUCCUUGAAGUAUGAGGAUGGUUCUUAUGCAGAGAAAAUGUAAAUAUGUACCACGGGCGAAGCCGGGGCGGACCGCUAGUUAAAUAUAAACAAAGACGAGUCUGAAUACAAUAUUCAUAUACCUAGCGAGAUUUCUUCAUAAAACUGACAAAAAUUUUUGGCAUUUUUGCUUAUUUAUAAAUUACGACGGUUAAACUAUGUUUUUCUUAUCAAUUCUCAUUGAACAGAAUAAUAGGUGCAAUAAUAAAGAAUACAUUAAGACUGUUUAUGUUUAUACGAUAAACCAUAUGUACGCUCAACGGUUUAUAUACCUAAUGUACUUACGUUAAGAUAUAAGGUGUAUAUAAUAUAUGACGGUGAAUGUAUAUAGCUGUAUAAGUUUAUCAGAAAAUACAUAUAUUUACAACAAGUUA